UCCUCCGUCCACUCAGUACUCUCUCGCAUCUCGUGCCGAGAGGAAUCGAAGGGUUCGAAUUCGUGAAAUUCAACCUUUUUCGUUUGAAUCCAUCCCCCUCCUUGCCGGAUAGUCGGGUUAGGGAAGGAAUCGUAGCAAUAAGUGGCUGGUGGUGGAUGGUGGUGAUAGUUUUCAUUUUAACUAUGGUGAAUUUUCACGGAGACACACCCCCGGAGAAGACGUGACAUAUCGGGGAUGAAAGGACGACCGAUUAUUAGGUUGGAUGGAUUUAAGUCCCGCAGGAAGGGCGCGUUUUUUAGGGAGGAUUGGGUGAAUUGAUGGCGAUGAUAGGGGCCAAUCUGAGGUUCGGAAUCGGCGCAUCCGGUAACGUGUCGUCGAACGCGACCAAGGUAUUUCAGUGUCAUCCAGGUGGAGCGACCGAAGCGACGCUGAUAUUCAGCCUGGGUGCCCUCGGGAUGGGUGCUAACUUUCUAUUGAUGGCAUUGAUCCUAACCAAACGGCAGUUACGAAGAUGGUCCCAAGGAUUGCUGUUCCACCAAGCGAUGGUCGACUGUGCUAGAGCCGCGAUUUUAUUACCUCUUGGCUCCAGUAUACUGAACUGUCAACCGAUGACUAAAUGUUCUCUGGUCGAGACAGCGUUUCUACUGUUGGUGACAGUGUCGACGGUGAACAUGUUGACGACGGUGUUAAACGACAGCCCAAUCUUCCCGGAAACCGACGAGGAGGCUGAUCUCACAGCCCCACUGCUUAUGGACUCGCCACAGUGCGUGUUAUUCGGCACGUUUAUGAUAUGGUUCGCGAGCAUCACGAUUAAUCUGGGUCCGACAUUUCUAAGUGGUGCUCUGGCUGCGAACACGGAAUCAGGACACAAUGCUCCGAGUUGUCCUCUGGUACACGGUCCUUUCCGUCAUUACAUAUUGAACGUGCUGUGGAUCGCUAUCAACAUGAUCUGCGUCGCUCUCACCCUCAUACAUCUUCGAAAAUUGCACAAAGAUCUGACGAAGGCGAACGUUGAAGCUGUAAAGGUAGCGCUGUUAACGAUUCUCGUGAAUACCACGGGAAAUCAACAGACGAACGCGGUUUCUGAAAAUUCUACGUCUGCCAACGGCACGCCUAAGAGAAGCGGAGCAGCGGAGGAGCACCGGAAAAUGAGAAACUACUUGAAGAGAAUGGAACGGGAGGGUGUUCAGAGGGUGAAAAUGUUUCUGGUGAUAACGGCCGCGUACGGUAUCUUUUGGGGACCAUUGUUCUUCGUCACUUUGGUGGAUCAUCCUAGCAUUGGAAAUCCUACAGGAUACGAGGUGACAUUACAUAUCGCGUACGUCCACGCAUUCGUGAACCCGGUGUUGUUUCUGAGCCUUCAUCGAGGACUUAGACAGGGAUUGUCAGAAUCUUUCUGCGGAUGUUGCGAGGUGAUCGCUAGCUGGAUUCUGGGUCCAAGUAUGCCCAUAGAGAAUAUACAACCUCCACGAUACCAGGAACCCAUCGAUGCCGUACCAUCGCCACCGGAACCGCCAUUGCCACCAGCUACCACAUGCCCUGACCUCACCGACGUCGCUCUUCUGAAACCACCCUUACCGCCCACUGGCAAACACUUACUGGACGACACCGUGAUCGUACCACCGGAUCCAUGGACCCUGGUAUCAAGAUCGAAAAGCACAUCAAGCGUUUACAAUGAAGAUGUUAGUAGAAGAUCGAGCAUUUUGAUACCACCACCGUUGACGAUGAACGAUACGAAAGUAAAUGUCAGUCCAACUAGCAGCGAUUUACCUAGCGAAUGAACCUUUCAUUUGUUAUAUUUUUCUCAAAAAAGGAUAAAACAUUUCUAUUCGAUACAAAUGAUAUUCCAUUAAAUCUUUAACAUUCUCAAAGUAAUCACUGUUUUAAUUGAUUUAAUUAGAUGUGACGAUUACGGGUAAUACUAAUAUUCCUUUGAUCGAACUUUUUGUUGCAGUCGAUGAAGAGAUUUUUUGUAUACAAUAGUGAGAGUCGAAAGUCGGUACACGGUUCGCAGGUGUGAAUUUUCAACGUCGACAGCACAUCCGUAUGAGGCGAGCAUUUUAAUGGAAAGUUGAUUAUAUGAAAUAACCAUUAAUAAGAAUAAAUUUUCUUAUUUAUGUUAACCCUUUCAGUGGUAGGACUGUUAUGGUUUAGGGCAGGUCUGUGUAACCUGCGGCCCGCGGGCCACUCGUGGCUCCUUCCCACACCACACAGCUCCUUCCCCCACCACGCAGCGCCUUUCCCCACCACGCAGCGCCUUCCCCCCGACGCAGUUCCUUCUCCCACUACGCAGCGCCUUCCCCCACCAAUAACGCGCUCGCGCUCAGCUCUCCCCACUCUUCCAAUGUUUGACGCGUAUUCCUAGUCCUAUCUGCUAGAAACCGCUGCCCCACUACUGACACUACUGGGUAGUGGGGAAAGUCUGAAGCUGUAAGAGUGGGAGCAGUGGCCUAGCAGUCAUACAGGCCUGGUUUUGGGUAAGCGUAAAGAAAGUGUUGGAGGAAAAGCCAAGGAGAGACUUGAGAGAGCCUACCACCAAAAGGGUUGAUAAUAAAAAGGAUUCAUGGAACAAUACUUUUUGAAAUGUGUCUUAAAUGUUAUAUAAACAUAUUAAUUAACUGUUAUCAAUGGAUAAAGGUGGACCUAAUACAUAUACAUAUGUUAUAAGAAAAAAAGUGAAUAAAUUAAUUGAAACGUUAUUUGCUUUUAAUUUUUUUCUUUCUCUUAUGAAGCAUGACCCCCGUAUGCUGACUUUUAACUCUCAUUAAAAAAUACAAAAAAAUAAAUAAAUAAUAUUCGGUGCAAACAAAGGGUUUAAUCUGAAACGAGUGAUUUCUCUUACAAAAUUCACUUUCAAACAUCUUUCUCCAAAAGUAAAAAGGAGAAAUGUUGCCAAAAGAAAAGAAUAUUCAAUGAUUGCCAAAGCACAAAAGCAAGAAGAAGUUGCUCGGGUAAUUGCGUGCCAACAUUAAAGAAAUUUUCAUGUAAAACUUCGCUUUUAGAUAUUUUGUCUAUUUAGGCGAUGCCAGUAACGGCACGAGAAUAGUAGAAAGGUCAGAAAGUCAUCGACAAUGAUAGUUCCUUUAAUGUGAAUCGAAACAACAUUAGGUGCACCAAUUAGCUUUAAACGAUUAAUUAGAGUAAAUUAGAUAGUCUGCACCUUCGAAUGAGCUUUCCACUUAAAUGGGGACUCAAGUGAUCGAGAUUUUCCCUCGAUUCUAAUUACUAUAUUAUUUACCGGUACUGUUAUUCGUAUUAUUAAUCGUUAUUAUACACUCAUUAUACAAAAAUAUAUAUACAUAAAUGCGAGCACAUAUGUACAUGUACAGGGAGUUGGAAGAAUUGAAUUAAUCAGAGUGAAAAGGAUUUGUAAUCGAUGCCUGACUAGGACUAGAAUUUUGUUUAUAAUUUUCUUCCUAAUUCCUUUUACAGGAUAUAAGGUGGAUCUCAUUUGCAUUGUACGAAUUAAUUAUACCAGGUGUCUCAUAAUUCCUGUAACUCCCGGAAAUGGUAGGUUGCUAGGGUGAUUCUGAACAACUUUUUCCUUUACCAAAAUGUUGCUUGAAGCUUCGUUCUUGAAUUAUUAACGAAAAACACCGGCCAAUCAGAGCGUGCGUAGCGCGCGGGCGCAGGAGUCGAGGCUGCCGUCCCUGGCCCCGCGCGCUACGCGCGCUAUCAUUGGCCGGGGGUUUUUCCUGAAUAAUUCAAAAACAAAGCUUCGACCAACAGUUUGCCACAGAAAAAAAUUGUUGAGAAUCACUUCAGCAACCUCCCAUUUCUAGGUGUUCCAGGAAUUAUGAGACACCCUGUAUAAUGCAGCGUUGGAAAUUAAGUGCUCUUUGUGGCCAGUUUUUCUUUCCUCCCAUCGCUCGCUGUGCCCUAUGCUGAGAGCCUUAGUCCGCGAGGCACCUCAGACGCGUACCGUAUGAAUCGUACCCCAUGGGUGAUGUGGAAACCUAUUGAUACGAGUGUAGCCCCAAUGCGCCCUGAAAAAUUCAGACGACACGCUCCUGAGGUGCCUCGAGGACUAGGGUCCCCGCGCGGGACACGGCGAGUGGUGGGAGAAAAGGGGCGUGGCCGCUGAAAACUGGCCGAACGCUGAUAUAAUGCCAAGAAUCUGUAAUAUAUCCAGCUAUCACUAUCAAUAAUUUUAAUUAUUAUUAAAGGAGUGAAAAUGAUAGCGGUAACAGAAAUGAAAAAUAUUAAAAUAAAAUUUAACGACCACCCUGUAUAUGUGUAUGUGUACCUAAUAUAUACUUAUACAUAUAUAUAUUUUCUAUGCAAAACUUUAGGGAUUUCCGGACGUGCAUUUUCUAAUAUACUUUAACAAGAAAUACAUGUUUCGAUGCACGAGCACUUUGUCUAAAUGUUUUGAAUUAGUUUAUAUCGAAUCUUUUGAGAGAAAAAUGUUUAACAAACGUAGCAUGUAUCUUUACUUGAAUUAGUUAAAAUUAAAAAUGGUAAUGAAAUUUGUAAAAAAAGAAAAAGGUAAAAGAAAUAUUAAACAGAAAUGAUUCGAUAUCGUUUCAAGUUUUACAUACAAUUUUGAUGGAUAUUUAAUUUGGAGGAAUAUACUAAUUACCUUGAAUUUUUUUAACUUUGUUAAAUGCGUUUUGUAUUUCUAAUAAAUAGUUUAAAUGUAAAACACAAGUUUAUCAUUUUUCAAAAAACCCAUGUGUCCUCCUGUAACGAGUACCCCCCUCGGUAAAUAAGAAAUUAAGUCCGGAAAAUCCCUGAAACAAUGUCAAUUUCUAUCGAAAGACUAGAGUUAAAUGGAUGUUAGCCAAACGAUGGUAGAAUUAAGGAUACCGAUUUAAGUUCAUUAAUAAAUGGUGCCUGGCGGAUUGAAUAUAGUCAUUACACGAAGAUCGUCCGACAAACUAAUUAAAAUAUUUGUAUUGCUGAUUAUACAAGGAUUACUUGCGUUUAUAAAAUUAUAAAUCAAUGUCAUUUAAUGUGUAAAUAAAUGAUAGAUUAUCUUUGACAGCA